AUGGCUGCAUAUUUGUGGGCGGCAGACGCGGGCUCUUACCACAGCAAUAAUACCCUGAAAAGGAGAGCGCUGCCACCCGCCACAUAUGAAUACCUGGCUCAGUGGGCUGGGCUCCACCGCGAUUUGAUCGGGUUCACGUCACGGCAGUGCGGCACGUGUCUGUCAACCACUUCACAGGACCUUCGUACGGUACUAUUACCUUCAACGUGUCUGCGAGGGAAUGAAGCGAUGGCAUGCAAGAAAGGGGAGAUGAUUUCGACCAGCCUUUGCUGGAUUUCAUGCAUGCCAUCCGCCGUCGUGUCGCCAUCGCUUCGAUAUUCAUUGGCGAACGCUGCCGUCGCGAAGGUUUGGCGUUGGAGGCAAAUGCAAGACAUGUACUUCCAAGCUCCUUCAUUUAACUUUUUAGAUUCGUCCCAAUCGUCCCACGUCGCGCAGUGAGUGCAAAUUCGUUUACUGCAAAUGCUCGACCACCAGCACAAACACGAGCUUUAAACGCCGCACACAAAUCCAGUGGCUGUCACCCCCACUGCCCAAGCGCUGACCAUACUGCGUUACAGU